AGUCAACCAUGCACACCUCAAACGCAUACAUCUGUGAUUCAUUCAAGAGGCGGAUCGUCUGUCGUACGUGGAGAGCGAGAGGAGAACACGCGCGUUUCUUUACGGAACAUGGCAUAGAGAUCGUGUCCGAGUGAGAGCAGCUCGGGCCGUGUGAGAGCUGAUCAGCUGACCUGCAGCAUCCCUGACCGACGGUCUGCAGCUCUGACCAUCGACCUGCGCUCCCCGAGAGACGAGAACUCAGGAGACGGAGGAACUACAGCGCCAUGGCGGCAGAGAUCCAUCCCCGACCGCAGACAAGAAAACCCGUGCUGCUGAGUAAGAUCGAGGGUUUCCAAGAUGUUGUGAACACGGCUGUGAUCAUCCCCAAAGAGGACGGGGUUAUCAGUGUAUCUCAAGACAGGACAAUCCGCGUGUGGUUGAAGAGGGACAGUGGUCAGUACUGGCCUAGUGUGUUUCACACAAUGCCAGUGGCGUGCUCAUGUAUGUCAUUUAACCCAGAGACAAGGAGGAUCUCUGUAGGGUUGGAAAAUGGCACUGUAUCGGAGUUUGUCUUAUCGGAGGACUACAACCAAAUGAUUCCUGCACGAACAUAUCAGGCUCAUCAGGGUGGCGUGACCGUGGUGCUGUUUGUCUUAGAGAUGGAGUGGAUUCUAAGUACAGGACAGGACAAGAGCUUUACGUGGCACUGCUCCGAGAGCGGACAGCAGCUGGGCACAUACAGGACCACAGCAUGGGUGUCUGGACUACAAUUUGAUGUGGAAACCAGACAUGCCUUCGUUGGAGAUCAUUCCGGUCAAGUGACAAUCCUAAAGCUGGAGCAGGACAACUGCAGCCUGGUCACCACCUUUAAAGGCCACACGGGCAAUGUCACAGCCCUGUGUUGGGAUCCUGUGCAAAGGGUUUUAUUCUCUGGAAGUUCUGAUCAUUCUAUCAUCAUGUGGGACAUUGGAGGCCGCAAAGGCACAGCCAUUGAGCUCCAGGGACACAAUGAUAAAGUGCAGGGUUUGUGUUACGCUCCUCACACCCGUCAGCUCAUUUCCUGUGGCUCAGAUGGAGGAAUAGUUAUCUGGAACAUGGACGUCACUCGACAAGAGACUCCGGAGUGGCUUGACAGUGACUCGUGUCAGAAAUGUGAACAGCCAUUCUUCUGGAAUUUUAAACAGAUGUGGGACAGUAAGAAAAUUGGCCUGCGACAGCAUCACUGCAGGAAGUGUGGCCAGGCCGUGUGUGGAAAGUGCUCCUCCAAACGCUCCACUAUUCCUCUGAUGGGAUUUGAGUUUGAGGUGCGGGUUUGUGACAGUUGUCACGACUCCAUAACAGAUGAGGAACGGGCGCCCACUGCAACCUUCCAUGACAGUAAACACAGCAUCACACACAUGCAGUAUGAACCCACCAGGGGCUGGCUGCUCACCUCCGGGACAGACAAAAUCAUCAAGCUAUGGGACAUGACUCCAGUGGUAUCAUAGGAAUCCUGUGUAUCGUCUGAAGGCAGGAACAAAGAAUCAGCGCUGAACUGAACUGAACUGAGAAUCAUGUGUUUGUGGAAAAACAUUCAGAGUUCAGGUCACAUUCCAUGGGCAGCUUCAUCUCAAGGAUAUCCUGACACUGAACUGAGCAUGUGCAAUUGUAUGUAUUUGUGCAUGUGCACACGGGUUAUGGGAACAAACGUGUAAAUAUUGUCCAGUUUAAAUCUGCUUAGUUCAGGUUGUUUAUAUUGACAUAUACCAGUGUUGUUAUAGUGUCUGUGAAACUCUUUGCACUCAUUCUAUCCUCAUCGUAUGUCUUAUCCCAAAUGCAGAUGAAUCCUUGUUACACUGCAUCAAAGCAUGCUGGAACUGUUUUAUAUGCAAGUGCCUCUACCGCACCUCGAUCAAUGGUUUUUGGCAUGGGAAAAUAGUCUCUGCUAUUGCCUCCUGGGGCCCGUUUCACUAAGGAGGUUCAACCAACUCUGAGUUUAAACUUGAACUCUGAGUUGACUUAACCUGAGAUGGGUAACUCUGAGUUUUCGGUUACAGGACAGCUGAAAUGAGUUGGUUUAAUCAACUC